AUGUCGCAAAAUAAAACCUCCUCCGCAGUGCAACUCAAGCACCUCCCCACAAACAUCGUCGUAAAGUCUCAAGCUACCCGUUCACGCUCCCAGAAUCGUAAAAUUGCCAUGCAGAUUCUGGCCGAGAAAGUCGAGCAGCUUAAAAAAGGUGAUCGGAGUCGCGCCGCGAUCGUGGCGGAGACGAAGAGGAAAAGAAAGGCAAGCAAAGUGAAAAAGUCUAAAAGGAAGUAUAGGUUGCUAGAUGAGGAGAAGUCCAAUCAAGGAAAAGAGAAUAUAGAUGAGGUCACCAAGGAGAAACAGAGCGAGGAAGUGCAUGAGUUGUAA